CUCGUCCUUCCAUUGAUGGCUAGAAUGAARCUCUAGGAGAAGGGGGUUUAAGAAACUUUGUACGAUACGCUCUCCCUGAAUUUGAAAUAACGUAUCGAAUGCGACAGGGAAAAAGUGAGGCACGAUGGCGGUCAAAAAGACACCAAUUGCGCUUGAGUCACUGUAUGCUGUGCCGUUGAUGAUGAUCUUCUUGUUUCUACAGAUUUUUCUCAUUCCGACAACAAUUUGCGCUCUGUCGGGAUCGCAUGGAUCGCCUAGUAGUGUCAAUACAGGCAGCAAACCAUCGCCAUCCGACCGAAUUCUGACGCCGGAAUAUUAUCGCUCGGUUUAUAAGGGCCUUAAAAUUGAUCAAUGGAAAGAACAGCCCGUCCAGAACGGAGGGAAUACUCCGUGGGAUAUUGGUAACCAUCGACCCCAGCCAGCAAUUGUCCGUGCCUACGAAGAGGGGAAGCUCCGAGGGCACGUACUUGAUGCCGGGUGUGGUGUCGGCGAGAACUGCGUCUACCUGGCCCACAAAUUCGGGAUAUCUUCUGUUACGGGAUUCGACUUGUCCGAGGAUGCUGUGAAGAUYGCCUCCGACUUGGUUGCGCUCGAAGACGAGAGGGAAACAACAGCAGCCACGCCAUUUUGGACGAAACCACGGUUUUUGGCAGCAUCCUGUACGGAGGUGGCCGACAAACACGGAUCAGAGCUUCUGGAAGGUCUAACCGGCGAGGAAGACGACAAAAUUGGAGGGCCAAAAUUAUUCGACGUAGUGAUAGAUUCCGGGUUGCUCCAUUGCUUGUCCGAGGAAGMUGCCAGCUCAUAUGUGCAACAGAUAUCAAAAUUAUUGAAGCCCACAACCGGCCGAUUCUAUAUCGGUUGUUUUUCGACCGAAAACCCCGAUCCGUGGGACAAUCCCCGUCGAAUCUCGGAAGAGUACCUGCGAAAUGACUUGUUUUCCUGUCGUGAGACCUGGGAAGUUAUUUCUUGCAAGGAAUGCUGGUGGGCCAGGCCACCGUCGCGCGGUUCGUCGACGGGGGGGGGCUUUUCUCUGGCUUUGUGGGUGGAAGUUAGCUGCAUAAAGAAUGAUUGAAAACUGUUUAAAUGCUUGUAAUAUUUGCUAUUGAAUCCCUUGUCAUAUUUAUUGGCAUCUAAACCCAAGCUUUGGGAUUUAUCACGUAUUUUCAUAAUCAAGGUCUAAUUGUAAC